GCCUGGCUCUCAAAAACAUAUAGAAAGUUAUAGGGCUUUACAAGAAUUAGUUAAGCGAGGAAAUGUUAAAAGUAUCGGAGUAUCAAAUUAUAGUGUAAAACAUCUAAAGGAGUUGAUGGAUACUAAUCCUGAAAUUAUACCUGUUGUUAACCAGAUUGAAGUAUAUGAUUUUGUAAUCGAAGAAGAAGAUAUGAAAAUUCUUGAUAACUUGGAUGAAUAUUUUGUUGCCGGUG